AUGGAAAGAAAAUUUCAUGAAGGGCAGUUAGUCUGGGCAAAAGUUGAAAGCCAUCCUUGGUGGCCUGCAAUCGUAAAUUUUAUUAAAGAUUGAUAGCAUAGAAGAAAAUAAUCCUUCUGAGUUCGAUGAAGUGCAAGAAUUGAAAGGUACUAUCACCGUCAAUUUAAUAGGCGAAAACAAAUAGUAAUUUAUAUGCAGCGCACACCUGUCUCCUGCAGAAAUUGCUGAUUAUGAAGAAGCAUAUCGAUUGCAUUCCAAUGCAAAUGAUGAGGUAAGGAUUACCUAGAAACUUAAAAAUUGUAUCAUAAUUGCUAAUAAAUUUUUGGCAAAAGAAAUUGACAUCGCAAACCUUGAAGAAGUCAAUACAAAUUUGAUUGCAUUUUUACAGAAAAAGAAAGGGACACAAGAAGCGAGAGAUCACGCGAUUUCAGACGAUGAAAUCAAAAGAGUUGUAAAAGAAAUAAAUAAACAUUUAGACUCAAAAAUAGCACUUAAUGAACGGACAACAGAUCUCAGUGGGCUAUGUAGUAAUUCUGAUGCAAUUAGACAUAAACUUGAAGAAUUCAUGAAGCUUCUCACAAUUUUUAUUGACCAUGCAGAGUCCACUUCACACUUUUUACCGGCCCUUGAGCUUUGCAACUGUCUAUCAUUUAUUGUCCAAAUAAUCCCUGACUCUUCACUAUUAGAGGCUUCAAAAAUCUUAAAAUGCAUUAAAACCUUUAAGAACAAACUCAAAGAAAGCUCAAAUAGUCUUCUUAAAUUUGUUUCACAUAUAUGCCACAAACUUUAUUUAUUUUGGAAAAAAAGCUUAAUUAAUGCAAGUAUUAAAAGCCUAGUUACUUCAGAUAGGCAACAAAUAAAUAGACCAGAUGAACAAGAAGCUUCAUGGUCUUCUAGAAAUUCAGCUUUUUCAUCAAAUUCCCAUCAGGGACAAACGAAGAAAGUGCUUACUGGAGAGGACGUGAGAAAGUUUAAUAUGAUGAACUCACUUAAUGCAAAUUCUCAAGAGCUUUUGAGAAGAUAUAAGUCUGGCACAAGCCCUUUGGCUGCUGCUUCACGUUUCCCUAUGAGUCCAAGAGGGGAAAGAAAACCAAAAACAAUGCCAUUUACAGAGUCUCCUAGAAAUAGUCUGGGUGAUGCAAGAUUUCUCAAUUCCAGUUAUUCUGAUAAGCAGCUAUUGCGACCCUCCAGUCCGAAAAGCUACACACGACAAAAUGAUCCCAGCUCUCCAAAUGACAUGAUUUUAGUAAUAGAAUCAGACUCCCCAGAAGAAAACAAAAGGAUUGAAGGAGUUGAUAGAACCCACGAUACCUCACAAAUCCAAGAAGCACUAUUAGCAAUUCGCAAAAGGGAGUUAAAACGAGAUGAUCUCUCAAGAUUGAGGGAGGGACAAGAAUUGCCUGAAAGUUUAGUAGACUGCUACUUAUCAAUACUUAAGCAUACCAACAGCUUAAGAGUCAGAUAUACUCCAGGUGCACCAAAAAUUAUGAUUGCAAGUUCGAGCAUAAGUAAAAUGAUUUUUAUGAAAGGAAAAGAAAUUUCUCAGCCAGAGCCAAAAAUAUUUAAGCAUGAUUUUUUAAUAUUUCCAAUUAACACAGGCUAUUGGACACUACUGAUUGUUGAUUUGAAAAAUGUGGUCGUUAAAUACUGUGAUCCUGCUAAAGAGCAUAGAUCGAUCUCAGUGCUAAUAGGGAAAUUGGCGAGAUUUAUACAGAAAGCGACUCCAAAAGAUUUGCCUAAGGUAAAUACUAAUUAUCAGUUUGUGGCCACACCAGUGCCUGAUAUCAAUAGAGAUGACACUGGAAUUUAUAUUUGCAAUGAAGUCGAAAAUCUAGCUUGUGGAAAGCAAAAUAUAAUAAAUAGAGAAACGGGUGAUAAUUAUAGAAAAAGCAUGCUUCUUUCGCUUGUUAAAGCUUCAGGAGCAGGCGUAUAA